GCGGGGCAUGUCCGCGCCGCGCUCGCCGCGCGCCCCGCACUGCUAGCUCCUCCCGGGCUUCCUGCCCGCGCGGCACCUGGCUGCGGCCUCGGAGCCCCGCUCGGGCGGCAGCGCGCGGCCGUGAGCGCCGCGCCGGGACCGCUGCCGUCAUGGGGCUGCAGCCGCUGGAGUUCAGCGACUGCUACCUCGACAGCCCUUGGUUCCGGGAGAGGAUCCGCGCCCACGAAGCGGAACUCGAGAGGACCAACAAGUUCAUCAAAGAGCUCAUCAAGGACGGGAAGAACCUCAUCGCUGCGACCAAAAGUCUUUCAGCAGCCCAGAGGAAGUUUGCUCAUUCACUCAGAGACUUUAAAUUCGAGUUUAUCGGCGAUGCAGAAACUGAUGAUGAACGUUGCAUAGAUGCCUCCUUACGUGAAUUUUCAAAUUUUUUGAAGAAUCUGGAAGAACAGAGAGAAAUCAUGGCAUUAAGUGUAACUGAAACCCUGAUUAAACCCUUGGAAAAAUUCAGAAAAGAGCAACUUGGAGCUGUAAAGGAAGAAAAAAAGAAGUUUGACAAAGAGACAGAAAAGAAUUAUAGUGUAAUUGAUAAACAUUUGAAUUUAUCAGCGAAAAAGAAAGACUCACAUUUACAAGAGGCAGAUAUCCAAGUGGAACAAAACCGGCAACACUUUUAUGAACUGUCUCUCGAAUAUGUAUGUAAGCUUCAGGAAAUCCAAGAGAGAAAGAAGUUUGAGUUUGUGGAACCUAUGCUUUCAUUUUUUCAGGGGAUGUUUACUUUCUAUCAUCAGGGCCAUGAACUUGCCAAAGACUUCAAUCACUACAAAAUGGAACUACAGAUCAACAUUCAGAAUACACGGAAUCGAUUUGAAGGAACAAGGUCAGAAGUGGAAGAGCUUAUGAACAAAAUCAGACAGCAUCCCAAGGACCACAAACGAGCAAGUCAGUUUACAGCAGAAGGCUACCUGUAUGUGCAGGAAAAAAGGCCUGCUCCAUUCGGUUCCAGUUGGGUCAAACACUACUGCAUGUAUCGGAAAGCAGCCAAGAAGUUCAACAUGAUCCCAUUUGAGCACAGAUCUGGGGGGAAACUUGGGGAUGGAGAGGUGUUCUUUUUGAAAGAAUGUACCAAAAGGCAUACAGACUCCAUUGACAGAAGGUUUUGUUUUGACAUAGAAGCUGCUGACCGGCCCGGCGUUUCCUUGACUCUGCAGGCGUUUUCAGAAGAGGAAAGGAAGCAGUGGUUGGAAGCUCUGGGUGGAAAAGAAUCUGUAAGAACAAUCAGUGGUGCACAGUUGGAUAAGAUGGGAUUCACAAUUCUCAGAAAAUGCAUCAGCGCAGUUGAAACGCGAGGUAUAAAUGACCAAGGAUUGUACAGAGUUGUGGGGGUGAGUUCAAAGGUCCAGAGACUUCUGAGUAUGUUGAUGGAUGUAAAAACAUGCAAUGAGGUGGACCUGGAGAAUUCCAUCGAUUGGGAAGUGAAGACAAUAACAAGUGCCCUCAAACAGUAUUUGAGUGAAUUCAUACCUCGUACAGGGAAAGGGUUUGACGAGCAUGACUCAGUUAUUGGUGGGAAACUGAGGGUAAAAAUCCAACUCUUUGGCAAAAGCGGCAGCCCAGAAUCUCGUGUUAAUGCUAUCCAUUUCUUGGUACACAAGCUGCCAGAGAAAAAUAAAGAAAUGUUGGAUAUUUUGGUGAAACACUUAACAAAUGUUUCAAAUCACUCCAAGCAGAACCUAAUGACGGUGGCAAAUUUAGGAGUGGUGUUUGGACCGACUCUAAUGAGGCCACAGGAAGAAACGGUUGCUGCCAUCAUGGAUUUGAAGUUUCAGAAUAUUGUCGUGGAAAUCUUAAUUGAAAACCAUGAAAAGAUUUUUCGGACCCCGCCUGAUACCACAUUCCCUGAGCCCACCUGCUUAUCAGCAUCACCCCCAAAUGCUCCACCAAGGCAAUCAAAGAGACAAGGCCAGAGGACGAAGAGACCCGUGGCUGUCUAUAAUCUUUGUCUUGAGCUGGAAGAUGGUGACAGUUCCAACCCUCCUAAGGAGGACACCCCUACCAGCAGUGCGGACUCACUGUCCUCCCCAUCGCCCACGACUGCAGCUGUGCAUGGGCCUCCCGGACCAGACAAAAAUCACCUUCUGGCAGACGGAGGGAGCUCUGGGGACUGGGCAUCCCCCAUCCCAAGUCAGACCCGGUCACCUAUGGUCCAGUGGCUUAACCCGCAGUCUCCGACCACGCCAAGCUCUGACCCAGCUGUUACGCCUCCUUUCCCCCUCUAUCCUCCUGCCUCCGUGGUGGACAAGCCUCCUGAAAGCGUGAGCAAUCGGAAGGCGCGCGCAGUGUACCCAUGCGAAGCAGAACACAGCUCGGAAUUGUCUUUUGAAAUAGGAGCAAUUUUUGAGGAUGUGCAAACCUCGAGGGAACCUGGCUGGCUAGAAGGGACUCUGAACGGCAAGAGGGGGCUGAUUCCACAGAACUACGUCAAGCUGCUGUAGCCCGGGCCUUUGGGAGCCCUGCUGACCCUGGUACCCAAGGACCUGCCUGGGUGCGGUGAGCUGCCUUCCUCCUCCAGGGCUGGACCCCAGCCCACCCACUUCCGCUCUCGGGAAUUACGAAUCGUGAUCAGCACUGGGGGUGGGGGGACGGGACGCAACGCACAGAACCACGUAGAUUUGUGCAUCAGGCGAAGAACAUCGGGAUUAGCAGAAUGGACUCUUCAUUUGUCAAGCAUCAGGACUUGUGAUUUUUAAUUAAGCAGCCUAUAGAAUGAGAGGGAGGGCAGCCUGCUGCCACACCCACCGGCAGUCACACCGCCAAACCUCCCGAAAUCCCUCUCCUCCCCGCUCCCGAGCACCUGCUGCUGAGAUGUAAAGGGAACUGUGCUUCCUCGCCCUGUUACGUUUGCAGGGUGCACGCUUGGCUCUGGCUGCCGGUGCCAGGGGAAUGGUCUCUACCCAGAGGGAAGCAGGGAUGCUCUCUGCAAGCCUGUUCCUUCCUAGACGGCCGCCCUGGGGACCCCACGCACACGUGCCCAGACGGAGCACACCAGCCCAGCGCAUUUAUAACGGGCCUCUCGUUGGUGCUCCUCACCUGUGUGCUGUUUUCCAAACACCA